GUGAGUUUGGGGAGGUGUGUAGUGGCCGUCUGCGUCUCCAGGGAAAGAGGGAGAUCUACGUGGCCAUAAAGAGUCUGAAGGCAGGAUACUCUGACAAACAGCGGCGGGACUUCCUCUCUGAGGCCAGCAUCAUGGGACAGUUCGACCACCCAAACAUCAUCAGACUGGAGGGCGUGGUCACACGAUGUAAGCCAGUGAUGAUCAUCACAGAGUUUAUGGAGAAUGGAUCCCUGGAUACCUUCCUGAAGAAACACGACGGUCAGUUCACAGUGAUCCAGUUGGUGGGCAUGCUGCGUGGCAUCGUCGGCAUGAAGUACCUGUCUGACACUGAGCAUUACGUUCACCGAGACCUGGCUGCCCGCAACAUCCUGGUCAACAGCAACCUGGUGUGUAAGGUGUCUGACUUCGGCCUGUCCCGAGUACUGGAGGAUGACCCUGAGGCUGCAUACACCACACGCGGAGGGAAGAUCCCCAUCCGAUGGACGUCUCCAGAGGCCAUUGCCUACAGGAAGUUCACGUCAGCCAGUGACGUGUGGAGCUACGGCAUCGUCAUGUGGGAGGUGGUCUCAUACGGAGAGAGACCCUACUGGGAGAUGUCCAACCAGGAUGUGAUAAAAGCGAUAGAUGAGGGAUACCGUCUCCCGGCCCCUAUGGACUGUCCUGUUGUCCUCCACCAGCUGAUGUUGGACUGCUGGGAGAAGGGCCGCAGCGAACGGCCCAAGUUUGGCCAGAUCGUCACCACCCUGGACAAGCUGAUCAGAAACCCAGCCAGACUCCGAGAGCUGGCCAACAGCUCAGUAUGGGAAGACCCGACCACUCCGGAGUUCAGUGUGAGUACGGUGGAGGAGUGGCUGGAGGCCAUCAAGAUGGACCAGUACAAGGAGAACUUCACCAGYGCUGGAUACGUCACACUGGACUCUGUCCUCUACAUCACCAUCAGUGAGCUCGUUAAGAUGGAUGUGAUUUUGGCGGGUCACCAGAAGAAGAUCCUCUCCAGUGUCCAGAGCCUGCAAACCCAGGGGACCCACGUCCAAGUAUAACAGUUUCCCCAUAGAGACACACUGAGAGAGAGAGGGCCAAAAUGGACGCUCUGCUUUGAGUUUAACCACUGAGACACGCUGAGAUUAAGCCAAUAUAGACAUCUUGGGUUGGGUUUCCCCAUACAAAGACACUUAGAUGGAGCCGUAAUGGACGCUCGGCUCCUUUACUUCCUCUUCGCAGCUUCACCAUUCCACCCGUCCUGGAUGUUUUGAUAGCGUAGGCACUUCCAGCUUCUGUCCACGCACUUAGAGGCUUAGCAACCCAGCAACCUCAGAAACCAGGCUACAUCCAAGACGUCUCUGACCGUAUCAAUAAGAACAACAAAAAUGGUAAAAAUAAAAAAUGAAUUCGAUUGUAAUUAUCAUCACUGUCUGUGGAGUUUAGUGUACAGUUGUUUUUAUGGUUGUUUUGGUUUWUCGUUUUACAAUAAGCUGUUUUUUAUUUUCUACACAGUUUAUGGUUCCAGGAGAUAUUGUAUAUGUAUAGAUAAAUGUUUACAAGAGCUGUGUGUCAGUACGCCAGUCUAGAACUGAACGUAAAGUUUGUAUCAGGGGUCAGGCAACGCAGGUGGGAUGUUCCUUCCUGGUGCAUGUGUUGCCAGGCCCCUCCCCUUCCAAUAAGCCCCUCCCYCAGGACGCUAUUAGACGUAUCAUGGAUGUGUGAGGGAGAUAGGAGAAAUAGAGAGAUGUGAAAAUGAGAUGGAGAUGUCUGUUCGUGGUCUCAGAAGACUUCCAUUCCGUUUGGCCAGGAACAGAUAGGGCUUCCAUAGCCACUGCUUCCAGACGCACACAGUUCACUUGAGUAAGUUCAUUUAGUACAGCCUACAGCAGCAACGUAUAGGAUGCCGUCAGUAAGAGACCUGCAGGGCAAUACAGUGUUAGCACAUUUUCUUCCAAGKGUUGGCCUCCUCAGUUGGAGAAGCUGUAACGGUUGGUGACAGAAGAAGAAGUAGAUAACCUUGUAUGUGUGACGUUGACACUGUUUGGAAUGUGUAUCUGUUUCUCAGACGUUGUGCCAUGUACAGUUAGUAUUGCUCUGAAAUGUUGAGCAAAGUCAGACUUGAUUGUGAGGUAGACUUGACUUGAGUAGACUGUGCUGAGUGAUGUUUUUUGCCUCAUUUCACCUCUGAUUAAUAUGGGUUCAUUCACGGUUUGUCCUAACCACCUCCGUUCAGUAAUGCCAACGGCGUCCAAAUCUACAAGAGUCAAUGUCCUAUUCAAGCAAACCUGCUAACCUAAUUUCCUGGAUAAGUGAAAAAACAUCAAUGUCCCGUGUUCAACAAAACAAMGUUUUCAAUGUGAAACGAAGGAAAUUCAACGGCAUAUCAAAACCAACAUUCCCUCUCACUUUGGGGAGGGGAGGGUGGAGYUUUGCACUUAUCUAGGAAAUCCAGCGAGCCGCUUUGAUUGAAUGUGGUCGUCAAUGUCCACUGCACCCCUGUAUGUAUCUGGUUAUGUUUAUGAUAACAGUGUUAUUCUGCUACCUGACUAGACAGCAAACGCACCAACAUAUAUACCAUUGUACCAUACUGUAAAAUAUGUACAGAGUUGAUUUGAAACUCUAGAAUGUUUGUAACAAUGACGGUGAUGAUGAUGAUGAUGAUUACGGUGAAAACGAUGGUAACGGUGUACUUUUAUUCUGAAGGAGGAGAGAAAUCUGGCAUUUUUUCUUGCGGAGGCGGGUCAUAGGAGAGAGGCAGCGUGCGAUUCGUUGACCUGGCCUAUGGAAUGUACGUUACGUAGCAUGGGUAUUAAGUUUCAGUCUUUGAUUGACAGGUGACCCGGGAGUGCAGUUUUCACUCGGCCGUCGACCUGGGGACGCUCGACUUUUAGAUGCCUUAUUUACUGUGCUACCUUUCUGCUCCUCCCCUGAUCCCCAUAGAGGCGGAGUUAUGACUACAUCUGUAUAUAGUAUUUAUCUGUUUCCCCGAGGUGGCGUCACAGAAAAUAUCUUCUUUUUUAAACUGAAAACCCCCAGGCUGUUAUCACCUCUGUUUUGGUUCUUAAAAAAAUAUUAUACAUAAAACUAUACUGCUGCUGUAAAUCAACCACCAGUUUAUUGGAAGCUGUAUUGAAAAACACAUUAGAAAGUCAACUUUUCAUGUUUGUUUUGUUUUAGGAAUUUGACCUGUUGGUGUACUUGUCUAAACUAGGUGGUCAAUGUAUAGCAGAGAGAAGUUAUAAUUAUUCCCUUCGUAUCCCAAAGCUAUGUGAAGUGUUCCAAUGCCUCCCACACAUAAUAUGGAGAUGAGCAAAUCUCAACAGCUAAAUGAACCUUUGUCUUUCCAAUGUGUCUCUGAAGGUGUCUAUUAAUGAUGCGUUACCAACAAAUUAUGUAUUCGUUAUAGUGAAUGGAUGGAGUUGCCAGAAGCCUUUUGCGGUGUCAUCAAUUAGAUUCAAAUAUUCAACAAAGGACAGCAGCAUAUUGCGUCUGUUCGUUCAGACUCAAAACAGCAAAAUACUGCAAGACAGCUGUCUGUCAGUACUCAUCAUUUUACACUUUGAAAUUGUCCUCGUUUGGUGAGCUAAUCCAUCACUCCCCAACCGGACGUCAUAACCUUUGACCCCUAUCUCACGACCCUUGAACCUUAGCCAGGCUCUGAGUUCUUUCACGUGGAUGGAUAAAGUUUCCCCUUGGCACUGUUCAAAGGUCAGUUUUGUGUUCCCCGCCUAACAGUUAAAGUAAGGAUAUGGAAAUAGUAAGCUGAUCCUUAAUAAUUGUUGGUGAAGACUUCUACCCUCAGCCAGGCUGGUUAUUUACAUGUUCCCAGACUGAUUCCUUGUGAGAUUGUUCUCUCGCUCUCCCUGGUCUUUCUUCCUUCCUGCCCUUGGCCCAUUAUAUUUAUCAUGGCAGAUUUCUAUGCGCUUGUUCAAAAGGUGUACUCAUUCUAAAGUCCUUCAUGUUGCUGUAAUAAAUAUGCUAAUAUUUUUUAUUUCUCACCUGAA